CACGGGUGAGGUCUAUUCCUUCCUGCUACAGUCCAAAGUCAUGGAUCCAAUUACCUGACCGAUUCGCGAGACUGAUGGGACGGCGUCACAGCGGCGGCGGCGGCCGCGGCGGCGGAAGAGGAAGAGGGCGAGGGCGAGGGCGUGGGCGAGAUGAGGAAGAAGAUCUUCCUCUGCACAAGGCUGCAAGGUCUGGUGAUGCGGCAGCAGUGGAGUCGGUGAGCGAGUCCAACCCUCUCGCCGUCAAUUCAAGGGAUCGCCUCUCACGCACACCACUCCACCUGGCUGCAUGGGCUGGGCAUGUUGAUGUUGUGAGAUGCCUUUGCAAGCACAAAGCUGAUGUGGGAGCUGCAGCAAUGGACGACACUGCAGCACUUCAUUUUGCUUCCCAGAAAGGCCAUGUAGAAGUGGCUCGUGAGCUGCUGGCAUCUGGGGCCUCUGUGAAAGCCAAGAACCGGAAAGGCUUCACGGCGCUGCACUUUGCUGCUCAGAAUUCUCACCUGGAUCUUGUGAAGUACCUUGUGAAGAAAGGUGUUGACGUCACAGCAAAGACCAAAGGUGGCCAGACAGCUCUACAUGUCGCUGAGGAUGAUGAAGUGCGUGCGUUCCUGAAGGAGUGCGAGCAAUCCUUGAAGAAGGGUGCCGAGCUACCAUCGGAGAAGGAUGAUUCUGCCGAGAAAGAGGGCGAUAGCAAGUCUUCAGGUGAGGUUAUGAAAGAUGAGGAGGAUGCAGAGCAGGGCGAGAAGAGGAAAAGCGAAUUGGUUGGUGCGUCGAGUUUGUCAGGAGCAAAAAAAGCCAAAGUUUCUCUUGGUCAUCUAGUUUGUGAAAAUGACAUGGACGAGGAAGAGGAGUGAUUUCGAGCAGCCUUGACCUUGAGGAUGCAAUAGAAGUGCACUUCGAUGUUUUGUUAUGCUAGUCUUAGUCUGUACGGCGAUCUUGAAUGUAAAGACAAGUGCAAAGUUGAAUCUCAGUUCUCAUGUAUUGCAUGGAUGAAAAUUCUAAGGGCUUGUUUGGUAGGACUCUGGCUCCUUUGAAAACGGAUGUAGCUCUGGCUCAUUUAUUUGUAGGAGCAGCUCCUCCACAUGAGUCACUGUACCUCAAUUUCUGUAAACCAGUUUCUUAAAAAAAAAUGGGUGCUUUUAAAC